UGUCAAUCAAUUUCUUCGUAGUCAGCCUCCCUUCAAUCGCCAUAUUGGGUUGCCUACAGAAAAGGCUUGUCUUUUUUUCCCCUUGUCUUUUACUAUAAGACGAAUUUGACAGGAGUGGCAUUUGCAGUUGCACGUUAUUUUUCAUGAUCCUCCGAAUUUGCAUUUGCUCGCAUUGGCCUUUUAAUUUAUUGUAUUAUUUUUACUUCCGGUAAUUGCAGAUUCCUUUGCGUUUCUGAUAGUAUUUUUGCGUGUGUUGUGAUCGUUUUGUGGGAAGAGAGAAAAAAAGCCCCAAGAGGUUGUUUUUUUGUUUGUUUGUUUUUAAGUUGGAAAAAUGUCAAACGUCCGUAUUUCAAAUGGUAGUCCGACUUUGGAAAGAAUGAAUGCAAGGCAGUCCGAUCAUCCUAAACCUUCGGUUUGCAGGACGCUUUUUGGCACGGUGGAUCACGAAGGGUUAAAGGGCGAUUUAAAGGGACAAUUGCAUGAACUCGAAGCGGCGUCGUGCGCGAGAUGGAAUUUCGAUUUCGUAAAUCACAAGCCAGUGAAGCCGGGGAGGUACGAAUGGGAAAUUGUGGAUGAUAAAGAAGUGCCUGGUUUUUACACCAGAACCUAUUCCUCAUCUAAGAGGAUUUCUUCUUCUGUGAAAAACAAAUGGGAUCUUAAUGGGAAUCAUAAUGGUGCUGUGAGUCCAUGUCAGCGAAACAUAGUCGGACUCGGAGAGAGACUUUCCGACGAGCAGAAACUCGAAAGGCUGCAAAGUCAGGUGGACUGUCAAGAGUAUUGCACUGGGCAAAGGAAAAGACCGGCUACUAACAAAUCGACCUCGCAGAGUAAAAGAGCCAAUUCUGGCACCACAGACGAAGUCUCAGGAGCGAAGGUCCCAAAUGUAAGCUCGGUCGAGCAGACGCCCGGGAAACGUAGUCCACGACAAAAUACGUAAACAGAGCUGAAGAUCUGAAUUCCUUGUUCAUGGAAUAGGACAGUGCUGGGUGAAGCAAACGGGGAAUGCAGUUAAGGAAGAUAAUUAUCGUUGCUCUCCCAGUUAGAUACUGUACAAGCACUGAAAAAAACAACACUAAAUUCUGGCACUCCAACAAAUAAAUAUAAAAACUGCCUCUAAAGCGGUGUAUGUAGCAGCGUGCAAUUAGGUUUUUCCUUAUUUGCUAAUUUGUUUUCUUACUACCUUUUUUCUGAUUUAUAUGUAGCACAUAAAAUACAUAUAUAUAUAUAUAUAUAUAUAUAUAUAUUUCUGAUACAAAGUUUGAGUGGACUUUACAAGUUGCAGUGUAGUUUUUUAAAAUGUAUUUUAUAUUGCUGUUUUAUAAGGUGUUGCAAUGACCUUUUUUGAUAAACAACUUGUUCUGAAGAAGAAAUAUAACCGGAAAUAAUAAUGUAGAUGUACAAGAAAAAUUAAAAUAUAAAGUGCUCUAUGCAACAAUGAUACAA